AUGGACGUCUCGGUCCAGAAAGCGCUGGCCGACAAGCUGUAUGACCGUCGCAAAGGAGGCGCCCUGGAACUCGAAGCCAUCAUCCGCGACUCUCUGGCCGCCAACGACCACGUUCGCAUCGAAAAGAUCGUCCACCAGCUCUGCCACGACUACGCCUACGCUGUCCACCAGCCCCACGCCCGCAAUGGCGGCCUCAUCGGCCUGGCUGCCGCUGCCAUCGCCCUCGGUAUCGACGUUGCCCGCUACCUCCGUGAUAUAGUCCCUCCGGUUCUGGCCUGCUUCUCCGAUCAAGACGCCCGCGUACGCUACUAUGCCUGCGAGAGCAUGUACAACAUUGCAAAAGUCGCAAAGGGCGAGAUUCUCAUCUAUUUCAACGACGUCUUCGAUGCUCUGUGCAAGCUGGCUGCCGACACGGAGCUGUCGGUCAAGAACGGCGCUGAGCUCCUCGAUCGCCUGGUCAAGGACAUUGUCGCAGAGUCUGCUGCUUCCUACGUCUCCAUCUUGGACAACGACCUAGAUCCAAACAACGAGGACCCCUUCGCCGAACAGCCCACCGCCUUCUCUCUCGCCAGAUUCAUCCCUCUCCUCCGCGAGCGCAUCUUCGUCAUCAACCCCUUUACCCGCACUUUCCUCGUCAGCUGGAUCACCCUACUCGACUCGAUCCCUGACCUCGAGCUGGUCGUCUUCUUGCCCGACUUCCUUGGUGGACUACUGCGCUUCCUGUCUGACCCCAAUACAGAUGUACAUACCACCACGAAGGUCUGCCUCGACCGAUUCCUCGCAGAGAUCAAGAAGAUCUCGGCUAUCAAGAAGGGUAUCGCUGAGAGCAAGAGAAGCAUGGUCGCCGAGAGUCAACGAAAGCCUUCGAUAUCCAGCAGGGAUGGACUGGACAUGGCCGAUCAAGAUGCCGAUGCACAGCUUGAGAAUACUCAAACAAAUCACGACAAGGCCAGCUCAGACUCGGCUUCUUUUGUCAGCUCCACUAUCGAUGAAAAGGACGACAACGAUGCCGGAGACGAAUGGAUCCCCGGCCAGGACGUGCAAAUUGAACACGCAAAGAUCCUUGAUAUCCUGAUCCAGUUCUUGAACGACUCGGCAGAAGAAGAAAUUCAGAUGACCACGCUUCGCUGGAUCGAAGGCUUCUUCGACAUCUGCCCCGAGGACAUGCUCGCCUUCGUGCCUCGUCUGCUUUCACAAGUCCUGCCAGCUCUGUCGCACCACGUCGAUCAGGUCCGCCAGGCCGCCAACAGAGUCAACACGGCUCUCAUGGCUCACAUCAUGUCGCUUCCCGAAGAUGGCCAGCAACAAAAGACCACCACCGAAUCAACACGCAGAGACUCGAUCCCAAUACGCUCGAGAAAAGUCAUAAGCCCAGACGUGCUGCAAGAGAUGACAGCCUCUGACUCACGUCCCGCAUCUACUACCCCACCUCCACAACCAUUACCUGCCAUCUCCACAGAGCUCGACUAUGAAGCUGCCGUCAACUCUUUGACGUUACAAUUCCUCAACGAGCACGAGCAGACUCGAGUGGCCGCACUCGCUUGGCUGAUCAUGCUACACCGCAAGUCGCCGCGCAAGACUUUGGCUAUUCAUGACGGAACAUUCCCCGCCCUGCUGAAGACCCUCUCAGACCCAGCGGAUGCCGUUGUCACUCGUGACUUGACAUUACUAUCACAGAUAUCCAAGAACAGUGAUGACUCGUACUUCACGUCGUUCAUGGUAAACCUCCUGAAGCUCUUCUGCACAGAUAGAAAGCUGCUCGAGAUCAGGGGAAACCUCAUCAUCCGACAACUGUGCUUGAACCUCAGCGCAGAACGCAUCUACCGUACCCUGGCAGACUGUCUUGAGAAAGACGACGAUGUCGAGUUUGCAAGCAUCAUGGUGCAGAACCUGAAUAAUAAUCUCAUCACCGCACCCGAGCUGGCCGAUCUCAGGAAGCGACUACGAAACCUUGAGAACAGAGACGGUCAGACCUUUUUUGUCACAUUGUUCAGAGCAUGGUGCCACAACGCUGUAGCAACAUUUUCGUUGUGUUUGCUUGCACAAGCAUACGAGCAGGCCUACAAUCUGCUGCAAAUCAUCGCAGAGCUCGAGAUGACUGUCAAUAUGCUGAUUCAAAUCGACAAGCUGGUACAGCUGCUCGAGUCUCCUGUCUUCACAUACCUCCGCCUUCAGCUCCUCGAGCCAGAGCGUUUUCCUCACCUCUACAAGUGUCUCUACGGCCUUCUGAUGCUCCUACCGCAGUCCUCGGCAUUUGCGGCCCUCAAGAAUCGCCUGAAUAGUGUCAGUGCGAUCGGCUACUUGCAUAUUGCCCCAAGGACUGCACCUACGACACCAUCAGUCUCCACCUUUGAUCGACCAAACCGCUUGAAGUCACGAGAAGACCCUGGAAUCAAAUGGUCAGAUCUGUUGGAGAAGUUCAAAUCGGUACAAGAAAAGGCUCGCCGAUCACAGCAGAGAGCCCCACGCUUGACCACUCUUCCCAACGGUCUUACCCUGCCCGACAUGGAUGACGAUCUCGAGUCACCUACCCUCAACAAGGAAGCUUCUGCACCGCCGAAAGAAAAGGUCACUGGUAGGCUGAGUGGACUGGGCAGACCAGGCAGUGCAGCCAGCAUUACCCGGCCUAACCCUACGCCGCAACAGGUACAGGGGCAUCAGAAGAGUAGGAGCAGUCUGAGUCAACUGGGAAGGUUUACGAGAAGUACAGCUGCAAAGGCUACUGGCGGCGCGCUGAAAAAGUAG